UGUCCAUGGAGUCAGGCGACACACAAAUCGAAGAUGAAUAUGAUGAAUUACCUGAAGAAUCAUUUGUUAGAUUCCAAGAGCCAACAACAUCGUAUGUGGAUAUUGUAGUUGGACAUUUAGAAGAGAUAAUGAUGAGUGAUCAUUUUCUAACUAUUCAAGAUAAAUUUAUGAAUGAGAAUUACAAUGAAUUCGAUGAAAAUGAAGAGAAUAAAUUUUCUUAUACAGAAAUUCAUGAGAAAUAUAUUAAUACAGUUGAACGAUUGCUAGAAGAACAAUUAUGUGAAAGAAUACCUCAUUUUUCAAUGCGUUCAUUUAUAGAUAGUUUAGUUUCCAAUAAUGAUUGUUUAGACGGCGAAGUGUUUGACAUGUUGUAUACAUUUUCCGAUUUUCUUGCAUUCAAAGAAAUGAUGGUUGAUUAUAAAAAGGUUAAAACUGGACAAAUUGUCAAUUUGGAAUUGACCAAUUCUAGUAGACAUUCUUCAUUCAUGAUAACAAAUGACCAAGCAGUGGUGAUGAUGGAUGACCCAUUAUUACAUCAUAGUUCAUCUUGUACAAUGUACAAUUCCUGUGCGUCAUCUCCUCCAGCUACAACUACUACUACUACUUAUACGAAUGGCAUGAAUGAGAUGACAGAGCAUGUUCAUAAUGAUUAGACGUGUUUUUCCCGUGUGUCUGUGUGUGUAAAAUUGAGUUUGUUGUUGAUGUUGUUGUUGUUGCGAAAUAAAAGAAAAGAAGUAAAUUGAUGCCAUUUUCAUUUUUCCUUGUAAUAAAUGGUUCAAUGACUCCC